AUGUCUAUUUUUUUAGUUGAAGCAAAAACAACACUCACCCCAUGGGCUGAAACGAUUAUAGAAGCAAAUAAGAAUGUUUGUAAUAAUUGGAUGGUGUAUCCUAUCUCAAAUAGUAUAUUUGAAGUGAAAAGCUCUACUCACAAAAGUUUCAUUGUUGAUUUACAACAACGAACAUGUACAUGUAGGCGGUGGCAAAUAGAUGGCUUACCUUGUGGCCAUCUCAUAAAAGUGCUCACAAUGAACCGUUACGAAGAUUGUUUGGAAUUUGCUUUAAACGCAUACUUUACAGAGACACUGAGGAAAACUUACGAGGAGUAUGUGAACCCGUUACCAAGUCCAUAUGAGUGGGAGAUUCCCGAUGAUUUGAUGAUUGUGAAGCCACUCAUAAUGGAGAGACGUCAGCCGGGUAGACCAAGAAACACUGGCCGUAUUCCAUCGCAAUGUGAGCGUCCCAUAUGA